AUGUGCAGUGUUUGGUUGAGCGUGUUCUUCAUGUGUGUGCUCGUGUGGAUGUUCAUGUCCAGUGUUUGGUUGAACGUGUUCUUCAUGUGUGUGUGUUUGUGUGUGGAUGUUCAUGUCCAGUGUUUGGUUGAACGUGUUCAUCAUGUGUGUGUUUGUGUGGAUGUUCAUGUCCAGUGUUUGGUUGAACGUGUUCUUCAUGUGUGUGUAUGAUCAGGUCUGGAGAACAUGUACCAGCUGACACGCAACAGGAAUUACAAGCUGAGAGUGGAUCUGGAGGACUUUCAAGGAAAUAAAGCUUUCGCUCAGUAUUCGUCCUUCUCUGUGGAUCCUGAAGCUGACGGGUAUGAACUGCAUGUUUCAGGAUUCAGUGAUGGAGGAGCUGGUGACUCUUUAUCUGGCCAUAAUGGAUACAAGUUCUCCACCUUUGACAAGGACCAAGACAUCAGUCCAGUUAACUGUGCCAAACGCAGUCUCGGGGCAUUUUGGUACUUUAAAUGUCACCAUGCAAACCCCAACGGUUGGUAUUUAUGGGGUGAAGAUGCCACCCAUUACGCUAUUGGAAAUGUUUGGUUUACAUGGAAGGGUUACGCUGUUGGUAUGAAAUCCAUCAGCAUGAAGAUCAAACCUGUGUCUUAGAAGCAUUACAGUGCUUCUCAGAAAUAAACA